UGGCUAUUGUGUUGCAUUUCUUUCUGUAAAAAUGCAAAUUUAUUGAGAUGUAGCGAUGCCACAGUAGACGUUGGGGGCGUCGACUGUUGCUUAUAGUGCGUGUGCGUAAAGCGUGUGAAGCGUGUGAGGAUGUGUGUCCAGAGAGGGAGGAGGAGGAGUGUGCAGCAAGCAAGCAAUCAGGCAGGCUGGUCUGGGGAAAAGCGAGUGUUGUGCACGGCUGUGGCGGCGGCAUGGCUUCGUCUCACGGGAGAAGUGACCUGCGCUUCGCCGACUGGAUGUCAAGUCUGCCACAGAGCAUGCACACCAUCCCGCUCACCAACUUGGCCAUCCCGGGUUCCCAUGACUCCUUCAGCUUCUACAUUGACGAGGCGUCUCCUGUGGGGCCCGAGCAGCCGGAGACGGUGCAGAACUUUGUGUCAGUUUUCGGCACGGUGGCCAAGAAGUUGAUGAGGAAGUGGUUAGCCACGCAAACCAUGAACUUCAACAGCCAAUUGGAGGCCGGCAUCCGUUUCUUUGACCUGCGUAUUUCCACUAAACCCCGUGACCCUGACAACGAGCUCUACUUUGCCCAUGGACUCUUCAGUGCCACCGUCCGAGAAGGUCUUGAGCAGAUCAGCAGCUUCCUGUCAGCACACGCCAGAGAGGUGGUCUUCCUGGACUUCAACCACUUCUACGGUGUGCAAAACCUGCACCAUGAGAAACUGGUGGCCAUGUUGAAGGACGUGUUUGGAGAGAAGCUGUGCCCGGUUGUCUUUGCCCAGGAGGUGUGUCUGCAGUAUCUCUGGGAGAAGGAGUACCAGGUACUCGUCUUCUACCACCACCCCAUGGCCCUGGAGGUGCCCUUCCUGUGGCCUGGCCAGAUGAUGCCUUCACCCUGGGCCAACACCACAGACCCGGAGAAGCUGGUUCAGUUUCUCCAGGCCUCUGUCACUGACCGGAGGAGGAAGGGGACCUUCUUCGUAUCCCAGGUGGUUCUCACACCAAAGGCCAGCACCGUGAUGAAGGGUGUGGCCAGCGGACUCCGAGAGACAAUCACAGAAAGGGCUUUGCCAGGAAUGAUGCAGUGGAUCAGGUCCCAGAGGCCCGGUGAGAGCGGCAUCAACAUCAUCACUGCAGACUUUGUGGAGCUGGGAGAGUUCAUCAGCGCUGUCAUCACCCUCAACUACCACCUGGAUGACGAAGACGACGACGACGCCACCUGAGAGCCAUCAGCCGGGGAGGGGGGGCUGUCGGGGAGCACUGUCGCCCCUCCAUCCUCUGCUGUUGCUAGUUGGGGGGGGAUGGCUUUGUGCUCCACCUCUUUUCUCCUUGCCAUUUGUUUGAAAGGAGGAGAUGCGCUGCUCCUUUCACUUUAUUUAGGGCUCGAGUGGAGUGAUACAUCACACGGCGAUGAUGGCGUUGAGAGACGGAACGAUGCGAGGAUGAGUUAGUCGGAGUGCUAUGAGGAUGACGAUAUCUGCUUCCUAAUUUGGGGUUUAACAUGCCCCUCCCCUUUUCAAGUGAGUUGUACAUUUUCUUUACUUUCCUUUCGCGCUGUAAAAAUGACCGCUUUUGCUAUACAAAUGUAAAGCUUUCUGGCAUCAUCACCGUGUACAGUAUAUGCAUUACUGCUAAUGUGUACCGUGUGACAUCUAAUCAUUCUAUGUAGGCCACAGUCAGCAGGCGUACAUUCAAAUAAAAUGGAGCUCUUUUAUCAUAACACGUUCAUUCAACACAUUGAAGCCCACUUGUAUUGUUUACGUUUUAUUUGACUUUUAUCAAUUAAACCCAACUUAUACCAUUGAUGUUGAAAAACUUCCAAAAAUAGUCACUUCAUAUAUCACUGUUAUUUAUUUUUCAUGAAUUUUGUAUGAUUUAUUUAUCAUUUAUUUUCUUUUUUAUAUUGACCAUUUAUCAGCAAAAUCCACAUCAAAAUUAAUCAUUGAAAGAUCUCACUGAUUUUUAUGUAUUUGUCAUACAUGUGUUAUUUAAGAAAUAUAUCUAUUUUAUAUUGAUUAAACACGCCCCAAACCAUUUAUUAAUUAAACGGUAUUGCUGCAAAGGUUUUUGUAGGAAAAAGUGUCUCCAUAUGAAUUCAUGGUGGGUGCUGAGUCGUGAUGUUUAAAAAUACUGCUCACAAGAGUCCAUCCACUGUCUGUUUAUCCUCUCAGUACUCCCCCCCCUCCUUGUACUUCUGUAUUUACUGCUGUGGCGCAGUGUACAUGAGUCACUGUCAGGGUUUGGUUUUCUUUCUUCUAACGCAUACCUUGGAGGUGGACUUUGUUUCAAGUCAGAGGUCAGAGGACAGCCGACAUCAGGGGUUGAGGAUCUUUAUUUUGCAGCUCUGCUUCAACUUUAGCAAAAAAUAGUGCAGUAAAUGUUUCGAUAAGCCCUAGCAGUAGAACAUUUGUCUUUGAAUGUCUCCAGAGCUUGGAAUUUCAGUUCCUGUGUGGAGUUUGCAGUUUGCUUGUGGAGUAUGCUCAGUUCCUUAUCCCACAUCGUGCAAGAUAGAUCAGUAAAUUCAAAUGUCAACUAAUUGAUUGAUUGGUGUUUGUUUUACUGAAUCAGACAUGAUAAGUGUGAAUGCAAUCGUCCGAACCCUGAUGUGCCCCAAACUAGCGGCCCAUCUAUGAAGCGGUCUUGCACGUGCUCUAAAAGUAUAUUUUAGACGCCUACUGUCAACUCUAAGCUGGGAAAAUAAAGCGGAAUAUAAAAAUGAUAAACAUAUUUAUGCAGGUGAAGUAUGCCAAGUAUCAUUUUUCAAUGUCGGGUUCAAACCAGAGUACUGAACCACAAGUGUGAACACAGCCUUAAAGGUUUUCUGUUUGUAUGCUUCUGUGUUUGGAAAAUCAACUGUGUGCUUUCUGUAUGUUUUCUAUUGUGCUGCGUUUGUACAUACUGUAAUUGCAAAUAAUAUAUUGCCAAGAAAUUGUAAAGUAUUGAAGUUACGGCGAAGGUUCAUGACACUUUCUUAAAUAUUAUGAUUCAGUUCUUUUUUUAAUACAAAUUUCUUAGUGAUGUGCAUGAUGGGUUUUUUUUUCAACACCACUUGGAUGCACAUCGUUUGUGCACCUGUUUUAUUAUUUUCAUACACUUCAGCCUCCCCAUUGCCGUCACUGGUUAACCAAUGACUUGAAAAGGGCGUUCAGAUUGUGCUGUGAGGUCAUUAUUGUACCCCCUGGUCAAAGCUGUUGUUAUUGCCUUUAUCUUCUGAUGUACAAAAAUGAAACAAAAAGAGUCCAUUUGCUGUUGUAAAACUAAAAGUGGCAGAUAAAUAAAGCCAACGCCAUGUGGUGUCUUUCCCUCA